UUUUUGUUACACGAGCUGACUUUUUGUUGUCGAUCAAGUAGAUAUUCGUUUUCCUUCAGUUAAAUACGCUUUUUUCUCAUAUAGUAAAAACAAAAAUUAGGAAAACGCAUUUCAAUAGACAAGAACCUGUACUGAAGAACUAAAAGGGCUGCAAUUACAAGCUCACUCUCCCAAUGAAUCUUAAUCGAAACGAAAACCACCUUCACAGCUUCAAUGAGUCUCUGAAUUUCGGUAUUGAACUCUCCCACGACCUAUCAAUGGACUUGAUGGAGUUGAACGCAAAUGGUAGUCACGCGGAAGACAAUCCCAACACCGUCAUCAAUAUGUCUGCUAGACCUUUAACUCGCACAGUAAGCGACGAAGCUUUUAAUACUUUAAAUGAGCUGCGGGAGGCGAAUCUGUUGUGCGAUGCCCAGAUUUCGGUCGGAGAGGAGGCCUUCAAUGUACACCGGGCAAUAAUGUGUUCAUGCAGCUCAUACUUUCGCGCUCAGUUUACCGGGUUCAAUACGGACAGCAGAGAAUGUGCAACUAGAACAGUUGCCACCGAGGAGAGUCCUGUCAUCCACAUCCCCGGAAUUAGCUCAACAAUAAUGAGCUGUGUAAUUCAGUAUGCUUACCUGCGCCAAACCAACAUUACAGAAAAGAAUGUGCACGAACUUCUCAUAUGCGCAGACUAUGUUGGCAUGGUAGGUUUGGUAAAUCAAUGCAAGGAUUUCCUCAGUAGCAAUCUUACCCCGGAAAACUGUGUUAGUAUCAUGGGAUUCGCUCGGUUCCGGUUUUUGGAGGACCUUUUCCAAAAGGCCCGCACAUAUACGCUAACAUACUUCACGGAAGUUGCAAACCGCAAUACCGAUAUCCUAGAUAUGAACGUGAAGGACUUCUACAGUAUAAUUAGCGACGAUGAACUUAACACACGGGAAGAGGACAUUGUAUGGAAAUUAUGCGUUAAGUGGAUAGACCGGAAUCCGGAAAGUCGUAAGCAGCAUGUCGCGCAUUUAAUGACAGGGGUUCGAUUGGGCCUGAUGACUCCAAAGUGUUUCAUGGAGGGAGUGAAGGAGCACCCGUACGUCAUUCAAUGUGAUGCCGCCAAGCCGCUCAUAGUUGACACCUUUAAGUUCAUGUAUGACCUAGACUUUUUAAGCCCGCAGGCUGACGAGCUUACCACUCCACCGCUGGCCAUGCCGCGGCUGCCACACGAGGUAAUUUUUGCCAUUGGUGGCUGGAGCGGUGGCACCUCGAAAGGUUGUAUGGAGACUUACGACACACGGGCCGAUCGAUGGGUUAACAUCAACGCUGAGGAUCCUGCUGGUCCACGCGCCUACCACGGCACUGCAGUGCUUGGCUUUGAAAUAUUCUCAAUUGGCGGAUACGAUGGCGUUGAGUACUUUAACACUUGUCGCGUAUUUGAUGCUGUUAAAAAAAAGUGGAACGAAAUCGCUCCGAUGCACUGUCGCCGCUGCUAUGUUAGUGUAACCGAGCUGAACGGUAUGAUAUAUGCUAUAGGAGGCUACGACGGCCAUAACCGUCUGAACACUGUGGAGCGGUAUAACCCAAAGACCAAUCAGUGGAGUAUUAUUCCGCCAAUGAACAUGCAGCGAUCUGAUGCAAGCGCGUGCACCCUGAAUGGUCGCAUUUACGUCACGGGCGGAUUUAACGGCCAGGAGUGCCUAGACAGUGCCGAGUUUUACGACCCAAUAAACCACGCUUGGACACGAAUAGCUAACAUGAAUCAUCGUCGGUCUGGAGUUAGCUGCGUUGCUUUUAGGGGCCAGCUGUACGUUAUUGGUGGCUUUAACGGUACCGCGCGUCUUUCUACCGGAGAGCGCUUCGAUCCGGAGACGCAAAGUUGGCAGUUCAUCCGCGAAAUGAAUCACUCGCGUAGCAACUUUGGGUUAGAGAUAAUUGAUGACAUGAUCUUUGCAAUUGGUGGAUUCAAUGGCGUCUCGACCAUCUCUCAUACCGAGUGCUACGUUGCGGAAUCUGAUGAGUGGAUGGAGGCCACUGAUAUGAACAUUGUCCGUUCCGCCCUUUCUGCAAAUAAUGUAGCAGGGCUUCCAAACAAGCGAGACUACAUUCAUAAGGAACGGGACCGCCUUAUGGAGGAGCGACGUCAGCGUCUUAUGGCCACCGCCAUGGCUCGGGAGAACAUAAGUCACGUCAACAAUGACGGUGGCAUGGAUGACGAAGAUGAUGAGGGUGAGCACCAGCAACUACUACAACAGCAGGUCGAACAAAUGCCGGCUUUAGCUCCUGGCCCAGCUCAUUUUGAUGGUCUUAUUCCCAGACUGGGUCUUGAUCUUCAGACACCAGGCCAAGCUUCAUCAGUCUCCAACGUCCAACUCAACCGAAUGAUUGAAAAUCGUGGUCUAGACAAUAGUCGCCGCUUUGGUAUGCAGCUUCGUAACCAACGCCACCUAGACACCUAAUAAAGCUUUUACUCUGGACAUAACAGAAUAUCGGGAGCGGACCACGUCAUAAGAUUAAACGUUAGCGUGAGGCACGGUAUUUUUGACCUACCAGUAAUUCAGCAAAGCCCACGUCCGUAAAAACCGCAUUUCAAAAACUUUCUAAAGACGUUGGUACACACAGGGACCACUCGUUGUGGUUUCUAUGUCGUCACCUUCUUUAAAUUCUUAUUAUUUAUUUAAAGGAAUAAUAAUGUCCCACUAUUCCAAGUUCAAGAAAAUCAAGCCAUAAUAUUCAUCCAAAAUUAUAGUCUAUCUUAAUAUUUUAAAUAAAGAUUUAAAGGGUU